UUCCUUUUCUUUAAUUACGGAUGGUUUCGAUUUUUAAAGCAAUUCGAGAUAAUAAUGUCGAAUUAUUAAAUUAUUUUAUUGACCUAAGUACAGGCGAACAACAAAAUACAAACAUACCGAAACACACGGUACAGUGGUUGCAGCAACAACUUCGAACUUCAGGCCAAAAGUAUUAUGAUAUCAAUAAACGCUCUUCAAGAGGAAGGACGCCUUUGCACUAUGCUGCUACUUGGAAUAGAAUAGAUAUUGCUCAGGCUCUGAUCAGCUGUCAGCAUGUCAAUGUGAAUCUACAAGAUCGAGAGAAUGGCUGGACAGCAUUGCAUAGAUCGUUGUAUAUGGGCAAUAUUGAGAUUGCAAGAAUGUUAUUGAAGCGAGAGGACAUUGAUUUGGAUAUCAAAGAUUGGGAAGGGCUGACAGCAUUCGAAGUCUAUCAAAGCACGAUUCAAGAUGCGUUUCCUAAAGAGCGCGUCUUGUUAAAAGACGAGGCAUUGACAACAGAAGAUAGAGAAGAUCAAGAAUUACGUCUUUCUUUGCGUUCGUCUGACAAACAUACACGAAAAGGAGGCACCGAUCUCUACACUUGGGGACACAAUACAAAUUAUGUCUUGGGCCAUCCUGAUUCUGAAAACAGAACAAAGCCAGAAAGAGUCAAACUUCAACUGGAAUCGCAACAGUCGACCUUGAUGAUGAAAAGACCCAACUAUGUGAUUGAAUCUGUUGUGAUGUCUAAGUACCAUAUGGCUAUCUUGACAAGUGACUCAAGUCAUAAUCUAUUAGUCUGUGGGUUUGGUAGAGGAGGUCGAUUAGGCCUAGGAAAAGAUCUGGAGACGCAGUUUAUUCCAGUGGCAGUGCCAUGGCCUGAGCGUAUUGUGUCUGUUGCACUGGGUCGAGACCAUACUGUAGCUGUGACAGAAAGUGGACAUGUUAUCACAUUUGGUAGCAAUGAUAUGGGUCAGCUAGGUUAUGAGACGGAUCAUCAAGACCAACUUGUGCCACGCAAAAUUCAAGCACAGAGUCUAAAAAAGCAGCCGAUCCUCGGCGCUGCUGCUUCUAGAAUCCAUUCUGUUGUGUUCACCUUGACAGAUAUCUUCACAUUCGGUCUAAAUCAAGGUCAACUGGGGUACCAUCAACCUGACCAUGAUCCUUGCCAAACAACACCUAGGAAGGUGAGUAUGUCCACAGAGAUAGUGCAAGUGGUUGCCAAUGACAAUGCCACUGCGGUAUUGAACAAAUCGCACGAAGUGAUUUUAUUAUGCAACUAUAACCAGCAGAAACUAUUUUUUCCCAUUCAUCGCUUCCCAAAGCAUAUUGUUGUUCAUCGCUCCGAGCCAAAUUAUGCAGUCAAGUUGAUUUCAAGUGGCUCAGAAUAUUUAGGCGCUGUUACAAAUACAGGUGAUGUUUUUAUAUGGACCUGUCGAUCACUUCGUCGCAAUUCAGAACAGAUGCGAAAAGCGUGUGCGACAAACAAACAAACCACCAUCAUUUCAGCUCCGAAGCCCAUCUGGGCCCUGCAUAAGGCCCAUCAUGCGGCCAUAGAUGCAAGUAUAGGCCAACAUGGCGAGAUUGUGAUCUGUACUGUGUCUGGACAUGUCUUUGUGGGACGAAACGAGGCUAACGGAUACAAGUUUAGCCCUAUUCCUCAUUUGCAGCGAUGUAUUAAGGUCUGUGCUAAUUUAAGUGGUGCUUUUGCUGCAAUUCGAUCCGAAUAUGUGUUGCCUGCUUUGACCACAGUCUUACCUUCGACACUGGAGCAUGACUUGGCUAUCGCUUUGCCUCAUAUGAAUAUCGCCAAGGAACUACAAAGUCAAUUACGACAUACUGAAUCACUUAUGGAACUCGAAGUCAAGAGCGAAAGACAUACUCGCAUGACUGCCACCAUAGAAGAUGAUGAAGCAGCUUUGCAAUACCAGCAAAAAAGAGAAACCAUGGUCAAGCAAAAACAUCAUGAUAUGAUGCUGUCUUUUGUGAAUGAAGCAUGGGAUCGCAUAGACAUUAUUUCUAGACAAGAUGAUACACUGGAUAUUGUGUUUAUGAUUAACGACAAGCGUAUUUAUUGUCAUAGCUCUCUUUUGCAAUGCCGAAGUAGAUUGUUUAGGCAACUGAUAGACUGCGUUGAUCGUACGUUGGAUCAACAACUGACUAUUAAGGUGAAGAAGCGAGAAGCAGAUGGCAGGAUUGAAAUACAUAUAGACCAGUGUCAGACAGCAUCUCUAUUGCUGCUUUUGGACUAUGUAUAUACAGACACAUAUGAACAUCCUAUGAAGGCCUUUUUCAAGUUACCGCCUUUAUGCUUUGAAGGCUUUGAUCUCCCUUCUUCAGCUAUGGUCAAGUCAGUACAGAAAGAUCUUGUCACACUGGCCAAUUUGUUUGAUUUACCUCUCUUGAUAUCCUCUGCACAAUCAUCUUUUGGCCAUACACCUGUUCCUAGCCUAAAAGACAGCCUAAAGCAGUUGAAAGAAAAAAGAGCUGAAAUUUCCAUCUUGACAAAAGACAGUGGUCAGACACUAAACUGCCAUCGAAUCAUCUUACGACAACGUUGUCCUUUCUUUAGCAACCUCUUCAAGCCUCAAUCCGUCUGGAUCCAGACACGAAAAGAACAAAACAAGCAAGCUAUGAUUGUCAACUUAGACCAUAUGACUCAUGAUAUCAUGAAGAUCAUCCUUGAUUACAUCUAUCUGGACAAAGAUGAGUCUAGUCUAUUUGAUGAGAUUGAACAGGACAAAGAAGAAUCCAUGAUGAAGUUUCUUCUUGAAUUGCUUUGUGAAGCGGAUUACUUGUUAUUGGAGAGACUCAAGACAAUCACCGAGAAGGCAUUGGUUCGGUUUAUCAAGCUGCGUUCAGCACCUACGAUUGCUGAUUAUGCAAACACCUAUCUUGCAGACAACUUGAAAAAGGCAUGUCUACAGUUUAUCAGCGUCAAUUUACCUGUUUUUUUGAGAGCAAACAUGCUGGAUACCAUGGCUGUUUCGCUUGUACGUGAUCUAGAAGCAUUUGUGCGUCAACUGCAGAUGGUGGUGAUGCCGCUUGUGCCUAAAGGAAAUUAUGUGGCGCCUGACGACGACCAAGAAGCGCUUUUAGAGGAAGAGGAUACUGAGUUUUCUAGUUCCAUGUAUGCGCUCUCUCGAGGUGAUGGUAGUACUGUUUCUUUUGAUGAAAUCUUGGUUACCAUGUAUCCUGAAAAGACACCUAAGGAGACAGCAAAAAAAUCAUCACCGCCUCCUCCUUCUACUCCAGCAGAAAACUCCAAUAAAACAAAACGAGAUACACGCAUUUCUCUCGAGUCACUUGAACCACAACAAGAAAAGCGACAACCUUCAGCAAGCUGGGCUCCUGUGGCUGUCAAUGAAGCCACCUCGACAACAAAACUUUCAUUGCGAGAAAUUAUCGAAACAGAAAACAAACCGGUGGAAGUGAAGACUAAUUCAAAGGCUGUUAUGCCCAAAAAAAUAUCUCAAAAAGAAAGGAAGAGACUCGUGCACCAACAAGAAGUUGCAGCAGCCAUGGAAUCUUCUUCCUCGACAUCGAAACCUGUCUGGGGCAAACUUCCUGUCAUUGAUGUCAAGCCAAUUUUGAAAAAUACAGAAUUCAUCAAAGAUACCUCGAUACCUCUGCUAAACCAUGAUGGCAAAGGCAAAAAAGUAUACAUUUCUCAACAAAAUCUAAAUCAGAUUGAAGUAGCAGACAGCAACAGUCGACAACCAUUAGAGCCAAAAAAGCCUCAAGUGUUAUUCAACCCUACAGAAAGUCUCGGCUCUACAUUCAAAUUGACACCUAUUCGUCGAUUCAACUUCAACAAGGAAUCAACACAAACCAAUGUUGAAAGAUCCUUCCAAUCUAUUCAAAAACAACAAGAACUAGAAGACAGUUGGAUCAAGGGAGACAAGCCUAAGAAGAAUAUUUUAAGAAUACAGAAAGAAGAACAAGCUGUGACAAGUAUUGGGCAAUACUAUAUUCAAACUUUAGAAAUUAUGAGUGGUGAAUGGUGCGAAGUACAAAGAAUUACCACUCGUUAAUUUAAUAAACACUUGUUAAAAACAAGAGUAUAAAAAAGAUGGUUCGACAAAUAUGCAGAUUUUCACAGAAGCCAAAUAAGAUGAGUAAUGCAAAUAUUUCAAACACCAC